ACGGAACUCUUGGUCGACAGACGUCAGAGAGCGGGGAGUUCCAGCAAUAAAUGGCAGGGGUGACAAGCUGAAAACUGAGAGAGUAGGAACGCCUCACGCAGUAGAAACCAGGGCCCAUCGCGCGGAGGGAUACAAGAUACAAGAGAAGUUGUUCACUUUUCAAACUUUUGGGAACGGGGCAGCCAGCAGCGAGGAACUUCUUGCGUAGCUCAAAGGACGAGGAACUUUUAAAGACUUUCAGCAGCCGCCGACUUCAAGACAGCAAAGUCUCUCACCCCCGGGACAAGGAAACGAAACGAAAUUGUUACCGAGAACCAAGAUAAAAGAGAUUUAUUGAUAGGUAAAACUUGUUACAGGAACAACCAUGCAGGUGUAUAUGCUCCUGCCGCUUGCUGUCUUUGCCUCUCUGACCUACCAGGGUG